GUUUACAGCACUGCACGAAACUGGUUUAAAAUGUCCCCUACAACAAACGUACAAGAUCAAAGUUUGAUUUGCGAUGAAGCUGAAGCUCGAUACUGUGUGAAGGUUCUUCAAAGAUUAAACACUUUUCGAUACCAAGGACUCUUAUGUGAUGUGACCAUUACAGCUGAAGACAGGGAUUUCGCUGCCCACAAAGGAAUACUGUCAGCAUCAAGCGAUUAUUUCCAAGCUCUUUUUACAACGGCAAUGAUAGAAAAGAAUAGUGAAAAAAUAAACCUAGACGUUUCUUCGUCGAUAGUUAAUGAGUUGUUAACUUUUCUAUACACGGGGAAGACUGAUAUCAACGAGAGUAACGUGGUAGAACUUCUUGUUGCUGCUGACUAUUUAGUCAUCCAUGAACUCAAAGAGCAAUGUGCCGACUACCUCGUACAUCUUCUCUCAACUGUGACCUGCAUAAAGAUCUUUUCGCUGGCAUUACAAUGUCAUUGCCCAGUUCUCAGAGUAAAAGCGGAGAGAUUCAUUCUCUGUAAUUUUGUAUCAGUUUUGGAAAGUGAAGAUUUACAAUCUCUGGAUUGUAACCAGCUUGAGUGCAUUUUAAAAAAUGGAGACCUCAUAGUAAAUAGCGAAGAAGAUGUUUACGAAGCUAUACUUCUAUGGAUGAAUGGUUAUGGAGACAGAAAGCCGUAUUUCGAGAGAUUGUUUAGUCAUAUUCGAUUAUGUUCGCUCUCAGAGGAUUUCGUUAUGAAUAUCAUUGAGAACGAGCCUUUAGUCAGGCAAAGCUCUGCUUGCAUGUCACUUAUACAUCAGAGACUACAAUCAACAUUCGCCAACACUGAUGAUAAAGUACAAGUGCUUCAACCGAGAAAGUGUUUACGAAAAGAAUUCCAAGGACUCGUAGUUGUUGGUGGAAAAUCUGAGGGUAAAGUCCUCAAAGACACUUUGGUUCUCAACCCUAAUGAUAAAAGUUGGUCAGCUCUAGCCCCUUCUGAAUGUGAACGAGAAGAACACCUCGUUGUUGCAUGUAAAGGUCGUCUUUAUGUUAUUGGUGGAAUGAAAAGAUCACAAAGCAUAGACUGUUACGACCCUAGCAGCAACAUUUGGUCUACCGUAGCUCACUUGCCCGAGAAAGCCAUUACGUCUGCUGGAGUUUGUCUCGAUGGUAAAAUUUUCAUCAUGGGAGGUAAAAAUGGGUAUGAAACAAUGUCAUGGGUGCAGUGCUUCGACCCUUCCAACAACCAACUACAAAGAUCAGCGCCAAUGACAUUCCCUCGUAAAGCUCUUUGUGCUGUGGCACUAGAUGGAGAGAUCUAUGCCAUUGGUGGAUGCACGUGCGACAAUGAUUCCUUAAACGUCGUCGAGAAGAUGAACCCUAACCGUCACGAUGGAAACGAAUGGAAGCAAAUAUCUCCGUUGAGAGAGCAUCGAAAAUACGCUUGCGCAGAAGUAUUGGCCAACAAGAAGAUCUUGGUAGUUGGAGGAUAUCAAGGCACCAAUCAAACGGCUUUGGACAGUUGUGAAGUGUACAGCACUGAAACUAAAGAAUGGCAGAUGGUCUGUAGUCUGGUAUUGCCUCGUGCUGCUUCAGCUAUGGCUUGUAUUGAUAACCAGCUGUACGUUGUUGGAGGUAGAAGUGAUCGACGAAGCACAGACACCAUAGAAUAUUAUGAUGAAGAUAAUAACCAAUGGUGUAUGUCACCUGUAACACUGCCUUACCCCUGUGCAUGGAUACAAUGUACCGUUCUUGAUGUCCCUAAGACACUACUCCAUGGUACAGCACAGACACAAUAGAAUAUUAUACAUAGAUACAUGUUUUAACGUUAAAUCUUUUUUAAAAUCCAUUGUUUGUUAAAUGAAAUUUACUACUAUUUUAUAUCGAACA